AUGAUUUGUACAAAUGUAGAUUCACUUGUUACUUAUCAACGAUGUAUGCAUGAACAAUUAAAUACACAAUCAGAUUUAAAAUUACGACGUGGUGGUGUUAUUACAAAUUUAACAAUUAUAUAUCAUAAAUUACGUAGUUUAUCUAAUGGUAUAUUUCAAUUUUCUUAUGGAAAUAAUAAUGCUUAUCAAUUAAGUGAUUUACGAUAUUUAUAUAUUAUCAAUGGAACAUUAAGACAAAUUGAAAAUAGAGCUUUAGCAUUAAUUGAACAUGCUAUUGAAUAUCUUGAUUUAUCAAAUAAUGAAUUUCAACAUAUGCCACAAUAUAAUAAUGAACAAUAUGGUAAUCUGAUAAAACUUAUUCUUUCAAAUAAUCAAAUUCAUCGGCUAACAGUAUCAGAUAUUCAAGCAUAUAAUCGUUUACAACAACUUGAUUUAUCGUACAAUCGUCUUCAAUAUGUUGAUAUGUUAAUAGUUAAUCAUCUGAAAUAUUUAAAACAAUUAUAUUUAAAUUCUAAUAUGUUAAGAACAUUAACAAAUAAUAUAACAUUUCCAAGUAAUUUUCAUUUGAAAUUAAGUUCAAAUCCAUUAGAAUGUGAUUGUCGUCUUCGUUGGUUACGUAAUGCAUUUAAUCGUGUUGAAUAUCCAAUAUAUCAUGAUGAACCACGAUGUGAAAUGCCCAAAGCAUUAGCUGAUAAAAAAAUUGGUACAUUACUUGAUGCACAAUUUGUUUGUGGACCAUUGAUAUCAAAACCUGAUCUAACACUUCUUGCUGCUACGACGGGUGAAGUUGCUACACUUAGAUGUGAUGUCUAUUCUGAUCCAGCACCGGAAGUAUGGUGGACAUUUCAAAAUAAAAUUAUUGGUAAAAUGAUAUCAGCUGUAAAUGAACCUGAUAUUCAUGCUGGUUCAUAUACAAUUCGUUAUUCAUGUUUAUCAUCAUAUUCAGAAACAUCAACUUCAAAUUGUCUUAAUAAAACAACAACAUUGACGAUAUCUAAUAUUGGUACUGAACAUAAUGGUACAUAUAAUUGUGUUGCAGCUAUACGUAAUCAAGGACGUUCGGAUAAUGAAUAUCUUUCAUAUGAAUUACGUGUUCGUCGAUCAUCACCAUUAACUGAUAGUUCAUUUCUUAUAUGGACUAUUGGAGUAUUUCUUUUAUUAUUUAUUUUUCUACUAUUGUUACUUUGUAUUUGUUGGCUUAUGCGUUGUCAUCGUUCAAAUCAACAACAAGCAGAAAGAAAUAAAGCAUUAUUAUUUGAUGCAAAUAAUCAUCAAAAUGGUACAUUAUUAGCAAAUGGAAAUAUUUAUAAAGAAAAAAAUGAUGAACAACAUAGUUUUGUUACCAAUGGUAGUUAUGAUCCAUAUGAUAUGAUUGAUUCAAGAUCACAACUUGGUCCACCUAUGUAUAGUGAAGUACGAAUGGUUGAUUCAACACCAUUACGAAGUAUUGGUGGUGGUUCAAUGACAUCAUCAAUACCAUUACAUGAUACAGCAACACUUAUGCGACGUCAUCAACCACAUGAUUUAUUAUAUGAUAGUUAUAGAUCAGAUAGACAACUUUAUGAACAAAUUUAUCGACCUUCACCAAUGGAACCAGUUAUUGUUGAUGAAUUUGAAGAUGAAAUGAUAUUUCCAACAGGUUAUGAAGAAGAUUAUGAAUAUCGUCAAGAUAUUAUUAAACCAAAUCAAGCUGUUGAUCCUCGACGACAACAUAAACAACAACAACAACCAACAAAUCAUGAUCGAUCAGGUACAACAAUUAUUUUACCUCCUCCAUCCAUACCACCAGUUUCUGAAACUGUCAACGGACAUCAUAAACCUCAUCAAAAAUUAAUUUUAACACCAAAUACAAAACAAUCUCAUCAAAUGGUUAAUUCAUCAAGUUUUGAUUCGAACUAUAAAUUUGAUAGAUCUGAAUCUCAAUAUGCAGGUCUAGUUGAAUCACAACUCUAG